AUGGACCCCAAGGACCGUAAGAAGAUCCAGUUCUCGGUGCCGGCACCCCCCAGUCAGCUGGACCCCCGCGCUGUCGAGAUGAUCCGGCGGCGGAGGCCCACACCGGCCAUGCUCUUCCAGCUCUCCGAACACUCCUCCCCAGAGGAUGAGAAUCUGCCCUACCAGCGCUCCGGCGAGGGCUGCCUGCUCAAACCAAAGAGGACCAACCCGUGUGCCUACACCCCGCCCUCGCUCAAAGCGGUGCAGCGCAUCGUCCAGUCCCACCUGGAGAGUGGUCUGUCCGGGGGUGACAGCUCCGACGGCGAGGCUGAAGACGGGGACAACGAGCUGGCCCGUGGCUGUGACCCCGACAGCGCCCUCGAGUCUGCCCCAGGGAGCCAGGCCAGAGCCGAGAGGAGCUACUUCCCUGCUGGUCCCAAGGCACACAAGAGGAAAGGAGGGCAGAAGGUGUCCUUCGCCGGUGGCAUAGAGGAGCGCGGGGAGGACCUGAAGUCGCUGAUGGUGUCCGAGAUCCCCGAGGAUCCCGAGGGACUGGAGGAGGAGGAGGAGGAGGAAGAGGCAGGACGGGAGCAGGAGGACGAUGGCACCGGGGAGCGGAGACACGUCGGCUUCGCGGAGGUGCCCUCGCGUCCCAUCGGCACCGAGCGCCACUCGCCCACCUUCCCACUGGGCACCAGUUAG